AAAUUGCUUGGGAUACUUUGGCAGAAAUGUACAAUGUGCCAAAAGAUACCAACUCAGGCACUUAUAACAACGAUAGCGUCGAUGGCCAUCUCAUGUAUGCGGACUUGUACAAGGCUGUGCAGAGUGGAAAUUGGACCGCUGCGAGGGAGUUUCUCGAGUCUUGGCCCACUGCAGCGGGCGCGAGAAUCACACACAAGGGCAACACGGCUCUUCACAUUGCUGUUGCUGCUGGACAUUUAGGUGUAGUGGAAGAGUUGGUAAAGCUGAUGCGGGCAGAUGACUUGGAAAUCCUCGAUUAUGACGGUUUCUCAGCCCUAACUGAGGCAGCUGUUGGUGGAAAAAAAGAUAUGGCCCAGUGCAUGCUUAGCAAGAACGAGAAGUUGAUCAGCAUUGCAAGUUCGGUUGGACAAUAUCUUCCGGUUUAUACGGCCAUUUCUUUUGGGCACAUAGAAACGGCUCGCUAUCUCUAUUCUCUCACUCCGCCGGGAGAUUUGAUGCCGGAAAGAAGCUAUAACGGUGCUGAUCUUUUUAUUAAUGCUAUAUCUACGCGAACCUUGGAUAUUGCUUUGGAUUUAUUACAGCGUUGCCCACGUUUGACAUUUGCUAAUAACGCGAAUGGGAACUCCCCCUUGUUGGCAUUGGCUUCUGCGCCUCAUUUAUUCCCUAGUGGAAGUCGGCUUGUGUUUUGGAAACAAUGGAUCUACAAGUAUUGUAUCCACGUCCAAUCAGCUGAUUCUAUCAUUAAUGAAACUGGUUUGAACAUUCAAAAAGAAGAAAAACACCAAGGGGAUCAAGUAAACACGAUCAACUCAGCUGAUUCUAUCAUCAAUCAAACUAGUUUGAACAUUCAAAAAGAAGAAAAACACCAAGGGGAUCAAGUAAACACGCUCAAUUCAGCUGAUUCUAUCAUCAAUGAAACUCGUUUGAACAUUCAAAGAAACACGAUCAUAUCAGUGCGAACUCUAUUGCGCCAUCUACCUUCAAAUGUCCUCAACUUCUUUGGAAUCGAGAAGUUAUGUGAAAUGAAGUUGAUCCAUGUCCAAUCCCAUAAACUUCUUUGUCAAAUGUGUGAAGAGAUAUCAAAUGCAAAUGAUCAACAAAGGAUGGAUAGUCGUGUUUAUGAUGCCAUUAUCAGUGCUAUCAAGAGUGGGAUUAUUGAGUUUGUUCUUCAGAUGCUGGAGAAGAAUCCGGAUCUUGUAUGGACCAGAGAUGAGGGAAAGAGAAAUAUCUAUUCCCUUGCAGUGCUACAUCGUCAAGCCAAAAUCUUGAACCAAUUAUUCGAGCUUCAUUUGAAGAAUGCCCUGACAUGUUCUUUAGAUGUCAACAGUAAUGGCAUGUUACAUAUGGCUGGCAUGUUAGCAGAGUCUACUAUGCUUAAUCGCAUCCCAGGUGCAGCUUUGCAAAUGCAAAAAGAACUACAAUGGUUUAAGGAGGUGGAGGCUAUUGUCCAUCCCAAGGUUAGAGAAGCAACAAACGAAGAUGGUUUAACUCCCCGAGAAUUGUUUACAAAAACCCACGAGGCUAUGCUGAAAUCGGGAGAGCAAUGGAUAAAGGACACAGCAAGAUCUUGUACAGUUGUCGGUGCUCUCAUUGUUACCAUGAUGUUUGCUGCAUCCUUUAAUAUUCCAGGUGGAAACAAGCAAGAUACUGGCUUGCCAAUAUUUUUACCGAAAGGCUCUCUCAUGGUCUUUAUAAUUUCCGAUGCCUUGUCCCUCUUUUCCUCUUCAACUUCAGUCUUAAUGUUUUUGGGAAUUCUCACAUCCAGGUAUGCAGAAGACGAUUUCCUCACGUCUUUACCUACAAAAAUGAUAAUAGGCCUUUCCACCCUCUUGUUUUCUAUUGCAACCAUGAUGUUUACCUUUUCCGCUGCACUUUUAAUCACGCUACGCCAUCAACAAUGGAUUGCUGUUCAAAUCAUUUUUUGGGCUGGUGUUCUAUUCAUCCUCUUUAUAAUGACGCAAUUUCGUCUUCUUGUUGAAAUGUUCAUUUCAACUUACGGACCGGGCAUCUUCGGUAGGAAAAUAAAGCUUACUUUUAACUAAUACCUUGUGCACUACAGUGAAUGUGUUGUUAUGUGUAAGGAUGUAAACGAUUCGAGUUUGAAUGAACAGUAAGUUGUCAAGAUUUGUACAUUUACUUUUAAUUCGAAUUGGAGUUGAGCUC